UUGAAUAUUUCCCUUGUCGGUAUUGGCUUGAGUUGAGAGUUUUGCAAUGAAACCGUUUGCUUGUAUUGUGGUCAUUGCGGCCGCACUUAUUGCCUGUGGUCAGGCGCAUAAUGUGCAAAAGCGUUCUUUAGGCGCGCUGUUAGGAGGUGGUGGUGGUGGUGGCUGGAACAGCGGUGGUGGUGGCGGCGGUAUUGGUGCGCUGCUUCAACAGAAACUGGGCGGUUUGCUCGGUGGUGGUGGUGGCGGCGGCGGCCGUGGCGGCGGUGGAGGUGGCUGGAGCAGCGGCGGAGGUGGUGGCUGGAACGGCGGUGGAGGUGGCUGGAGCAGCGGUGGAGGUGGUGGUUGGAAUGGCGGCGGUAGUGGCGGUCACGGUGGCUGGAGCGGCGGCCAUGGCGGCGGCGGCGGUGGUGGUUAUGGUGGUGGCAGCAGCAAACUCAUCAUUGUUAAGGUUUUGAACGAUGGCGGCUCGGGCGGUCACGGUGGAUAUAGUGGCGGCGGCGGCCAUGGUGGCUGGAGCGGCGGCGGUGGUGGCGGUCAUGGCGGCUGGAGCGGUGGCGGCAGUGGCGGUUGGGGUGGCAACGGUGGUUGGUAA